GUCCCGCUGGAGACCUUCACUCUGCAGCAACUGAGGUCAGCCGGAGCAGUGUGUGCGGAGGAAAACUCUAGAUGUUCAGCUGCAGCAGAAUGGCGAUGAGGAUAAGAGGGUUGCUGCCCAGUCAUGGAUAGAUCGUUACAAUGACACAUGAGACCCUCACUAGCUCCCAGCUGUCUUUCAAGGCGGCUGCCCUGCGCAUGGUGGACCUGCCGCUGUCCGUGUGCAGCUCCCUGACUCAGCUCGAUGUCAGCUCAGGCACCAAGAAGCUGGUGGCCGCCGCUGCCUUCGGCGCCGUCUCGCUCCUCUUCCUCGCUCGCCGCUUCCAGAGGAGGAAGGGCAGGAAGAAGACUCUCUCUCCUCAGUGGGAGCAGGACGGCUUCGAGUUGAUCUCUUCGGCCGCAGGAGGGAACGAUAACACCAGUCGGAACAUCACUCUGUCCCUCAACUCAAAGAAAGGCCUCUCCUCCGGUCUGCUUCUUAACUCAGGAGACUACAGGAAACUGUCCGGCUCUCUGCUGAGCCUGGCCUCGGUGAAAAGCAUGAACUCAUCGAGCAGCAGCACCUGCGCAAAUGAGUCCAUCUGCUGGGACAGAGCGGUGGAGGCGGACAUCUGCAGUGUGGUCAACUUACCUGUGACCACACCUGAAAACCUCUACCUCAUGGGUAUGGAUCUAUUCGAGGAGGCGUUGAGGCGGUGGGAGGAGGCGUUGACGUUCAGGAGCAGACAGGAGGAAGACGACGCCAGCUGUGAAUCCGUCAAAACAGGAGAAGAAGAAGCUGUCGCUGAGCAGGGCACGGAGGAGGGGAUGAGUGCAGAGUUCCUCCUCCGGCUGAAGUCUCUGCUGCAGAGAGCCUACAGCCUGCAGGAGGAGUUUGAGGGGGUGCUGUGUCUGUCGGAGCCCUCGUCCCUCUGCCAGGAUGAAAUGAUGUUGGACGUUCUGUCCAGAGAGGAGCUGGACGACGUGUGUCUGAGGGACAGCAUGAGCAUCGCCUCCAACGACUCCUUUGUGUCGGCUGCUGAGCUGGCGGAGCACCGAGAGCUGCGCAGCGUCCUCGCUCUGGUUCCUCACCUUUUCUACGAGGAGGCGCUGAAGAUGGCCGAGGACGGAAAGAUCUCCUGCAGAGUGCUGCGGACUGAGAUGCUCGGGUGUCACGGAGACAUCGACUUCCUCGCCAAGUUGCACUGUGUGCGGCAGGCCUGUCAGCUCAUCCUGUGUGACAGAACCACCCGGAUGUUUCUGGCUGACACGGGAAAGAAAAUUCUGUCUUCAAUUAUUGUUAAAGCACAGAAGAGCCCAAAGAGGUUUGAGGAAGUGUUCGAGGAGAUGAUUUCCUUCGUGGAGCACACGGAGCACUGGGAGAACACGGAGGUGGAGCUCGCCACUCGAGGGGUGAAGCACUUGAACUUCUACGACAUCGUGCUGGACUUCAUCCUGAUGGACUCCUUUGAGGAUCUGGAGAAUCCUCCCGUCUCCAUCCAGAACGUGAUCAACAACCGCUGGCUCAACAGCUCCUUCAAGGAGACGGCGGUGGCAUCCAGCUGCUGGUCAGUGAUGAAGCAGAAGAGACAGCACAUGAAGGUUUCCGACGGCUUCAUCGCUCACUUCUACGCUGUGUGUGAGCAGAUCAGCCCGGUGCUGGCCUGGGGCAUCCUGGGGCCGAAGAGCUCGCUGCACGACUUCUGCUGCUUCUUCAAGGACCAGGUGCAGUACUUCCUGAAGGACAUCUUCGACCUGGACAAGGUGCGGUACUCCUCGGUGGAGACCCUGGCGGAGGACAUGCUGCACCUGCUGCACCGCCGCUCCGAGCUGCUGCUGGCCUACCUGGGAGCCGAGUCGCUGCGGCACGCCAACAUCUGCAGCGCCGCCAAGGUGACGCUGCUGCCUAGCAACCUGAUGGAGUCCCGGGUGCAGUGAGAGGAGAACACACACCCAAAAAAUACCAGAGCAUCGAAACACGACAGUUUACCGUCUGCAGAGUUUACAGGUCAUCUGUCGGACUUACUUUCCACUCAUCUGUUGCACAAAACUUCUCAUUUAAGGAAUUCAAUGUAUCACAGUUUCACCGUGGUCAGACAUCACAUCUCCCAUCAUGCUUUGUGCUCUCAUUGCUCUGUAUGUGAGGAUAAACUGUACCUUGCCUUCACACUUGUAUGGCCUCCUUUUCCCCGCUCCCUAUUCUCUGUGCCAUGGCAGCGCACGUUUCAAAACCAUAGCAAUAAUACGUAAAAAAGCUGAGACAUUUGAUCGUAAUUAUAUCGCAGUGUAUAUUCUGCUGUGUAAAUUUAGCAUAUUUAUUGCGGUUAGGAAGAAGGGUGUUUCAGUAUUUAUUUUACUAAGUAGUUAAAUGAUGCAGGAUUUAUUUAUAUUUUUUAAAGCUUGUAGUUGUGCCUGUGAGCAUUGAUUGAUUUUUGAUCUGCUUCAAAAAUAUAGUAUGAAUGUCAUAUAAUCUGAGAUGUAUUAGAUGUAUUUCAACAUCCUACUGCACAUCAACAAUGCAAACAAUUACAUGUACUUUGUGACAAGCACAUCACUUAAAAAGGGAAAUGUUAAAUGAGUUGGUCGUUACAUUUAGACUCCUGGAAGCUGUUAUUUUUGGCACCGUAUAAAUCCCAUUAUACCUUCGAUACAGGAAAUACAAGAUUACACACCACUGCAGCUUUUUCACUACAAAACACGCUAAAAGCCUUACUACAAAAUCACAUGUUCCAGCCUUGUCUUCAUCACUGAAUGUCAGUCUUAUUAAUACUAUAUAUAAAGAUUGUUGUCUGCUCCGCUCAUCAGUCACUGCCAUGUACAGAACAGCUUUGAGCAGCAGAAGAAAACUGAAGAAUUGUAUGCAUUGUGUUAGAUAUUUUAGGAGGUAUUGACAUUGUUAGUUCUUUACAGGAUGGUUUAAUUUAUAUAAAAGGUGCACCAUAAAGCAGAAUACAAUGCACUUUAAAAUAACUGGAUGUUCCUCUUGGUAAUGUUUGAAGUUGUGAGGCCUCUUCAGUCACAGUAAGGUCAUAUCAAUACCGCUAGGUUUGAGAUUUAACCGUUCAUUAAUCUGUAGAAGUUUCAAAGUGUUAAGUCACUCUUUCCAAGGUUUCUUCAAUGUCAACAUGUUUUGGUUUUCUUGGUAUAUAGCAGUAAAUUAUAUUUAGGUUACUUUAUUAAUAGACAUGUCAACAUCAUUUUUUGCAGAAUGAAUAAUUGGGUAAAUAAAAAGGAAAUCGAUCUUGUUUUUUGUUGUAGGACUACUUUACUUGAAAUAGCGGUGACAGCACAGACACCAAUUCUGGAAGUUCUUCAUUUGCCUUUGAGUGGGCUGUACAUUGAAGUUUUAUUUUUUUUAAAGCAAUUUUAACCCCAUUUGUUCAGUUGCAUUAUUAAAGGGGAGGUAAAGGCAUUUGAUGAUAAAUGUGAAACUAUCCUUUAAGGUUUAUCUUGGCAAAAAAGCAGACAUUUUUACAUUCGUGAGUUGUUUGUGUAUAAAUAAAGCAAAUAUAUAGACUUGA